CGGAUUAACCCCAUCUCGCCUCCUUCUUGAACUGUGCCUUCUGCUUCCUUCAACGGUGCCCGACACCAUGGCUCCGCGCUGCCACGCCCUGCUCCUGGCAGUUUUCGUGGCGUUUGCGGCUCCCGCCCACGCCCGCGUCCUGUCGCAGGCAGCAGGCAAUGUGCGGUGGUGCAUGCCCGCCGCCAAUGAUGCCGUGGCCGUCCAGGCUUGCACCUCUGCCGUCGCCCUGGCCAACACUGCGGCCGUGAACUUCACCUGCGUCGCUGGCGGCAGCAGCGAUGGGUGCCUGGAGCUGAUCAGCGAGGGAGGCGCUGAGAUCACGACCCUGGGAGGAGCAACCAUGAUGGCUGCCCACGAAACCUACAGCAUGGAGCCUCUAGCAGCAGAGUUCUACGGCGAUCUCAAUGGUGCUUCGUACUACAGCGUCGCGGUCGUGCCCAAGGCGUUCUGCACCGCCGGCGUUACCUUCGCGAGCCUCAAGGGCAAGCGCUCGUGCCACACCGGCUAUGGCAGGACAGCCGGCUGGACGCUUCCAGUUGGGUACCUUGUGGAGAGUGGCGUGGUCCCCAAGGUCAACACUGACACAACAGUGAAGGCGGAUGCUGAGAGCAUGGCCUCCUUCUUCUCCACCACCUGUGCUGCCGGCAGCAAUGAGGAUGGCCCUCUGGUUGGCGGCGGCAAGUGGGAUGGCAUGUGCACUGGCUGCAAGGGCGACUGCACUGACGCUGACCCCUACUACAACUACUCUGGUGCCGUGCGCUGCCUCAUGGAGGGCGCAGGUGACGUGGCCUUCACCAAGCACUCCAACCCUCUGGAGUAUGCCAAGGAUGGCACUGAGGCUCAGACCUGGUCCACCCUGAACAAGGCCGAUAUGAUGCUGCUUUGCCCCACGGGCGGUUGCAAGGCUCUUGACCAGUACGAGUCCUGCAACAUUGCCAAAGCACCCGCAUACGCAGUAAUGGCCACUGCGGAGGUGCGCUCCAGCGCCCUGGGCAAGAGCAUCCAGGAUGCUCUGGUUGCGGCUGGCAAGAACCCUGCCUACCUAGAUGCCACCAAGAACAUUGGCGACGUCGCUGGCUUUGCGUACUCAGAUGAUACUGAGGGCAUCCUGGCUGUCAACACUCCUUUCGUGGAGUAUGUUGGGAACAACACGAUUCAGGCGUUCAAGGGCGUUGCCGGCCUGGAGACGGCUGCCACCCCUGCCCCCAGCACACCGACACCGACCCCCACCCCGACCCCCACUCCAGGCGCCUCGGCAACUACUGUGAACUGGUGCAUUCCGGUGGAGUCGGAUGCCGUGCUUGUCGAGGCGUGCAACACUGCAGUGGCCACUGGCAACACGGCUGAUGUGACCUUUGCCUGCGUUGCUGGCGGCAGUGAUGACGCCUGCCUGGACAUGAUUAGCAAGGGCACUGCCGACCUGAUGGUCGUCGGAGGCAGCGAGCAGCUCCCAGCCCACGAGCAGUACAAGCUCGAGCCCAUCGCAGCAGAGUAUUAUGGUGACCUGGCUGGCGCCUCCUACUACAGUGUGGCUGUGGUGCCCAAGGACUUCUGCGCCGACUCCAGCUCCUUUGCCGACCUGAAGGGCAAGGGCUCUUGCCAUACGGGUUACAGGAAAACGGCAGGCUGGAUGAUGCCCGUGGGCUACAUGACUGGGAACGACGUGAUCCCACGCGUGGAUGACAACGACGAGGUGCAGGCAGAUGCGGAGAGCGUUGCCUCCUUCUUCUCCACCACAUGCGCUGCCGGCACCGGUGCCCUGCUCAGCGGUGGCACUUGGGACGGCCAGUGCACUGGCUGCAAGGGAGACUGUACAGAAGCUGACCCGUACUACGACUACGCUGGGUCCGUGCGCUGCCUGAUGGAGGGCGCAGGUGGCGUGGCCUUCACCAAGCACAUCACGCCCCUGCAGUACGCCAAGGACGGCACCGAGCCUGAUACCUGGUCCACCCUGAACAAGGCCGAUAUGAUGCUUCUUUGCCCCUCUGGUGGCUGCAAGCCGCUCGACCAGUACGAGACCUGCAACAUCGCCAGAGUGCCGGCACGUGCAGUCAUGUCGCGUGCCGAGAUGCAGUCCACUCCUCUGGGGGCUUCUGUCAAGAAGGCUCUGACAGAUGGCGGCACUGAGCUGGCAACCGCGCUGAUUGGCAUCGGCGGAGAGUCGAAUCUGCUGCUCGGAGAGGACACCAAGAGCUUGCUGGCAAGUUUGAAUGGCAUGCAGUGUUAUGCAACCCAGGAGACGUAUUGUACUGCUGCCGGCUCUGGAGAGCUGCCUUGCUUGCUGCCUAGGGCUGCAUCAGCUGCCCUGAUUGUCUAUGCCACGCCAUGCCCCGGCCCGAAUGCAUACCAGAGCAUGACCAGCCUGGACGAGGUGGCCACCCAGAAUGCAGACCCCUCCACCUCUGCCCCCACCUCCACCGACUCCGGCAGCAGCGGCGUCAGCUCCGGCGCCGCGGCCGGCAUCGGCAUCGGCUGCGCGGUGGCUGGCAUCCUGAUUGGCGCUGUGGCCAUGUCGCUGUUUGCCAAGCGCAAGGCUGCGUGGCAGCCGCAUUCGGAUGCAGGCGCCCCUGUCAUGAACGGCGGGCGGGCCGGGUCCGAGUCGUACAAGUUGUGAUGGCAUAAAGUAGCCUUGAAUUAAAUCGGUGGCUCGACUGCACAAAGUAGAAUAUUCAUGUUUCUGCCGUUUAGUGUUUCACCUGGGCCAGCCCCAUUCUGGGUUUCAUUCGAGUCCCCUGCCUCGCUGUGUGUAUUGCUCUGCUCAUCAGCACAUUCGCCAAUGCAUUGCCACGCUGCAGCUUGAUGUCAGCUUGGACAUGCAGCUUGGAGAUGGCAGCUUGGACAUUUCCAACUCUCCGAUGACCCCCAUUUGGGCCAUCUCCGCACUCAAGCUAUCUCUUUCAGUGUUUUGGCGGUUAGAGAGCAACUGUAACUUGUCCUCCCACCCCAC